AUGAACAGUCAAACAGUGCUACUCCAUCCUCGUCCUUAUGCUCGUCAUUCUGGAUCUCUGAUCCUCUUACCUCUUCUACAACCGAGGCAUAUCAGCGCGGCUCUUCCUACUGAAAUAUGGACCCAGAUAUUUGAAGUGAUCGACCAUGGUCAUAAAAGCACGCAUCUAUUAUCUGUCCUGCUCGUGUGCAAAAAGUUCAAGGACAUCGUUCAUCCAUUGCUCUAUUCUCGUGUUAGUUUCCAGCACUUUCAUGCCUUGGAAAAGUUUAGCAACCGAAUACACGACGCUGAAUCUAAAUGGGACUCAUUACGACGGGUACCAUAUUCCGCACCUGGGAGAUGGGUUCAAUCACUCGAUGUUUCCAGACUAGAGCUAUAUAGACAUAUCUCAAGGCACCAUCUUUUAGAAAACCCUUUGGAUAAUAUGCAACUCAUGGCUCUCCGGUUGGACUCCCUACUCAGCAAACUCUUCCCUGUUCUUCCUUUCCUGUUAGAAUUCCUCAUGAAUCCAAAGUUUAUCUUCAGCUGUCGUGCAUUCGUGUCUUUGAACGAGAGAAACGGUGUCAAUAAAUUGAGGUCGUUGCGCGGUAUUUUCUAUAUCCCAUCCCAUGGUAUACCCCGCGAAGCUUUGGUUGACCUACUACGAAACUGCCCAAACCUUGAAGAGCUUGAGGUUAUUGGACCCGACAUUGAUGCCUCUGAGCACGAUGCCCCUUCCCCUCCUUCCUUUGAACCACUUUAUCUUCCAAAGCUCCGAGAGCUCACUCUCCUUGCAUCUUUACAACUAUCACCUCUCAUGCUGUGCCUACUCUCUACGCCCCUCCCAUCACUCACUAAGCUGACUAUUACACCAUACGAUGAUAUUCCUUCCUCUGGAUCAUCAAUAUUCAUAUCUUCCCAUGGGGGAACACUGCAAUCACUACUCUUACUAACUCGGAAAUCAUGGCCCACCCGUUUACAUCCUUCACCAUCAACUCUCCUUCAAACUUCGCCUGCUCUCAGACAUCUAUCCCUAGAAAUUCCCCUUCCAGCUAUGGAAUUGACCGAGGACCAUGAACUGGAGAUACUUUCAAUCCCUAAACCCAGCCACGAUUCGUGGAUCCUCAUCUCACGACUUCUAUCUCAUCUCCCGUCUUUGAAGGCGGUCAGGAUCAGAGAUAUCAAAUGGCUCCGAAAGGGAAUGGGUCCGCGAGCCAUGGAAGCGGGGGUUCAAGGCGAAAUGCGAGAAUGGCGUCGACGGUUAGCACGACGAGGCGUUCGUGUUCUUGAUGGCGAGUGGCAAGAUGCAGAUUCAGUUUGA